CUCGUUCCUGUACCGCCAGCAUCACUUGGUGCUGACUCCUUACCAAACAUACUACUCGCACGCUUUCUGUUUUAGCAUGCAGUUGAGUUGAUCAGGUCUUUGUAAUCAUCACUCGGCAGACGGUGAACUAGUCCGUGAGCCGAUUAUCGCAAAGCCGGCAUAUUCAGCCAUGACGAACCUGCACAACCUGCCUCCGGAGAUCAAGACAGUCAUUGUCAAUGAAUUGGCGCGACAAAAGAUCCUCCUGCCGGGAGAUGAACCCAUCGGUUAUGAAUAUGCCGAUACUCAGCUUGCUGCACUCGCGGCGCUAGCACGGACGAACAAAUUCUUCAAUGUUGUCGCAACGCCAAUGCUGUACGAUAAUGGCGUGCGCCGCCAUCCCUAUUUGUUGUGUUGGGCAACCGACAUUGGCAACGUGGAAAUCAUGAAGAAAUUGCUGUGGACUGGGCUGAUAGAUCCCAACGAUGCAAUCAUUCGAUUUCAGGCCGAAUAUAGUCCAUGGGACCCAAACGUUGAAUCAUCAAAAGAGCUCUUUUACCGUUUUUAUCGGCGUGAUGGGCAUUGUUUCCAAAGUCAAGGAAUGUACCGGCGACGCUUAACUCAGAGGAACGCUCCAAUGGACGAAAUAGAUGCCCUCUAUGGCUAUGCACUUGGAGACGAGUGGAGUCGUUCUGAAUCUGGCAGCAGCAUUUCGACCUCUACGUCUGCUGAGGAUGGCUUUCCAAUGCCUUUAACCGACAGUGCUUCAGAUAGUGACUCGGAAUCUGAAGACACUGAGACUAGCGGCGGAUUCGAUGAUGAGGAAACGGGGAGCCAAGAAGAACUCAGGGGUCAAGAAGAUGCUGGCAUCAGUGCGAAUGACGGUGCGGCGUCGGAAGCGCCCUCCACUGGCAAUUCUUCCGAUGACGAUUCCUCCGAAGACGCUUCCGUUAGUGAUGACUACUCGGAUGGCGAAGAUGUCGGCAGUGAAGACGGCACUGAUACUGUUGCGGCUCCUGCACAUGCGACACCCUUUCCCCUGCCGGAUGUUGGUGUUGAUUCCGACGAUGAUUCCGACGAUCCUUCAGAGUGGGGUGAGCCCGGUAGAGUGCUGUGCGAGGCCGAUGUCACUCACGUCAUGUACGAAGGUUACCUCCGAUUCCCGGACUACGACGACAGGGAGGACAUGGACAACACCGACAUCGAGGGCAUGUAUUGGAAGCCUAUCCAUAUUGCCGCCAGGAUGGGCAACAUGGAAGCUCUUGAAUUGCUUCUGAACAACGGUGCACUUGUGAACGUGUCUUCACAAGGCUUCUGUCGCAGUGAGUGUCACCAAGUGCCAGGGCCGGCUAUAUACUGGGAGUAUCCCGCGGAGUAUCCCGCGUGGACACCACUGCAUGUUGCCUUGUGCCACGGACAUAUUGGCGUGGCUAAGCGGAUGAUGGAGCAUUGCGAAUACCUCCAGGAGCGACUUCUCAACUUCAAUGGGAUGCCAUGGCAGGUGCUCCCUAGGUUCAUUUCCGCCAUUCGUCACGGCCACAUGGACCUUGCAGAGUGGUGUUUGCAGCAGGGCUGGGAGAGAGAUGCUGUCAAUGCCAAGAAUGCAGAAAUUGAAGGUGCGACAAUGCUUUUCAGGGUGUUCUGGGAGGCGACUGAUGCGAAGAACUUCGAAGCGGCUCUGGAGGUCUUGCUGCGCAAUGGAGCCGAUAUCAACCACGAUCUCGGAAAAGGGCAAACCGUCUUGAUGGAGGCAUGCCUCUGGGGAUUCUUCGACGAGGCCAUUGCCCUCAUCAAAGCUGGGGCCAAGGUCGACAUCACUCUCCAUGGUUUCAACCAAAACAUCCAGAAUGCAAGGGCAUAUGACGGGCGGCGCCGCGACACUCCCAUCGUAGAAGAGGGAUGCGGCUUGCUCGAAAUUUGUUGCGGUCCUACGCCCGUCCUACGCCAGCCCCGUGAUUUGAUCGAUGCGACCUUGCAUUCCCGAGUUUCAUACCCCAGAAGGCGCGCUCCCGAUUGGAAGACGGAUUCAUCGGCGCAACGUGAAGUCGUCCGUCUUCUGCUAGACUCACCAGCGCGAGCGGUGGGUAAACGAAAUCCGUUACAGAUCGCAUGCUCCUCGCACAACGUCGAGACAUUAUCGAUGUUACUGGAUCUAGGCAUGGAUGCCGCUAGCGCUAGCACCGACAACCUUACGCCACUUGAGUCUGUCGUUCUUGGGUAUGAUCACUUUUCGAACCUAGACGCGUACAUAGCAUGCAUGGACUUGCUCCGCCAGCAUCUCAGUAAACGUUCGAAAAGCAAGGAUAGCUUCAUUUGCACUCAAACCCUACAGAACGUGUUGCACAGCGGUAUGCUCUACUACAACACGAACAAUAGUCGUCGUGUAUGGGCUGCUUUGGUGGACUUCGUCACAGGCGGGCUCGCCGAUGGAAACAUUCAGUCCGAGGGAGGUAUUACCCUCCUGAUGACACUAUUUCAUGAUGGGUUCGAUAUGCAUCAACUCGCAAUGAGAUUAUUGGAGCAUGGCGUCAAGACACCGACGAAGACGGAGUGGUAUGGUAUCUGGUCGAACAUGAAUGUUAGGGUUCAAGCGGCACGAUUCGAACCCCGCGCCAGCUUUGCCAGCAGCGAAGAAGCUUACAGCUUUUGUAAGGCUAUGGACCCGAAGGAACAUUUCUUGCAUGAUCCCUUUUACCUCGCCGCCGCAAUGGCUACGAAACAACAGAGCCUUGUGGACGCAAUAGUCAAGUAUGGCCACAUGCAAAAUAAGUGGUGGAUCACAUACCCGGUGUGGGUCGACUCACCGGAUCAGCCUCCCUACGUUCCAGCCAUGAAAGAGGCGUAUCUCAGACAACACGACGCAUUCGAAGACCAGCCGGCCGGCUCGUCAAAACAGCCGGAAUCAGUCAAGGCCAUCGAUGCUGGCAGUGAUAUUGAAUGCGAGUCAGACGAGAGAUGCUUGUGCACUGGUGGCACUCAUGAAGACGAUUGUUUCUAUUUCACGUACCCCAAAUCUAGGCAUUGUCUCGUGUUUCUCACGAAGAGACAUGCAGGGUGGUCGCUCUUCCAUCUUGCCAUUCGUUUCCGUCAAUACGAUGUCGUCAAGAAGCUCGUCGAAGAAGGGGUGGACGUAAACGAAACGACGAAGAACGGUUGGAGUCCGGGGUAUAUCAUGUGCGUCAAAGAAUGGUUUGAUGAGAAGAUUGUCAAAUACCUCGUCGCUCAUGGAGUAAAUCCGCAUGUUGGAAGAAGUGGAAGGUGGGCAUCACCAUUGCAUUAUGCCCGUCAAGAAGGCGCAGACCCUCGUGCAGCCGACCUCAUGCUUGAGGCAUUUACACUGUCGCGAAGACCCUCACCGCGAAAGACCCUACGUCCUCCCACCACCUCAUCCAGGAAGCAACGGAUGUAGACGGUCUGUUUAGGAAAAUGACGCUUGACCAGACGUUGCCUAGCUUCAUCCGUUCUGAUACCGCCAUCAACACGGUUGACAACGAUGGCAGAAUACCCCUCGGCUAUCUGAUAGUUCUCAUCCACAGCAUCUACGAAA